AUGAGGUUCAUCAGUUCUUUGGGAGUGCUUUCACUCCUCUUCGUGGGCUCUCUGGCCAGCAGUGAGAGUGGAAAUGGGUUGAAUAUUCCGGAAAAGUUUAGUUCAGUGGAUUUCACACACUUCUGGCCUGUCGAUGAGGUCAAUGCGUAUAUUGAAGAGAUCGCUGAAGCCAAUCCUGACCAGGUUCGAGUCAUCACAACUCGCUGGACUCGCGAAUUAAGGCCGAUUUAUGCUGUCAGGAUCUCUUCUGACAUGUUUGCCAAUCGUCCUGUUGUGUUCAUCGAAGCUGGACAAAGGCCAAGGGAUUGGUCUGCUCAUAUGGUCGCUAUUCGUGUCAUGCACGAGUUCUUCUCGCACUAUUACGAUUAUUUGGAUGUCCUCGAGGAGAUCGACAUUAUGAUCAUGCCAGUUUCCAAUCCAGAUGGUUAUGAGUUCUCCAGAACUCAGGAUCGCGGUUGGACGAAAAAUCGCCAAUUGAAUGUCGGUUCAGAUUGCGUUGGAGUCAGCGUUUAUCACAACUUCGUGCCCGGAUUCUACGUAACUCCUGAUCCUUGCGAAGGUCACUUCUCUGGACCAAGCGCUCUGUCUGAGCAAGAGUCUCGCGCUGUGAAUCACAUUCUGGAACAGUUCAAUGUGAUCGCCUACUUCAGUCUUCAGGCCGGAGGAGCCAGAGCCAAUUCCGGCUCCAACAUCCUCUAUCCGUUCGGCUACAGGUACACCGUGCCUGAGAAUGAGCACGAUCUCUUCGUCUUCGGCGACGCUCUGUCCAGUGCUUUCCGCGAUGGCGGCGGCCGGCGCUAUUCCGUGGGCCCGGCGCACAAUCUCUGGUACGAUCCUCACGGCAACAGCUUGGAUCACGCGAGCGAGGAGAGGAACAUCGCCUUCCCCUUCACCAUUGAGAUGCCCUUGUUCGGGGAGUUCGGCUAUGACAUCGUGGAGACUGAGAUUGAGCCUCUGGUGGAGUCAACUCUGCCCGGAUUCAUCUUCAUCGUGAACUUCUUCGCCGGCCGCGCUGGGCCAUGA